UUUUCCCAUCAAUAAGAAUCCUCCAAUCUUUUCAACCAGCAAUAAUGGCACUCUGGAUAAAUCUCCUGUCCUUGUAUGUUGUCCUCAGAGGUGUCCAGUCUCAGGUUCAAUUGGUGGAAUCUGGAGGGGAUGUGAGAAGACCUGGAGAGUCCCUCCGUCUCUCCUGCCAAGCCUCUGGAUUCACCUUCAGCAGCUAUGAGAUGAACUGGGUGAGACAGGCUCCAGGGAAAGGACUGGAAUGGGUGGCAUGUAUAUACCCGUCAUAUAUUUACUACUCUGACAAAGUAAAAGGGCACUUCACCAUCUCCAGGGACAAUGCCAAAAGCCAGCUGUAUCUGCAAAUGAACAGUCUCAAACCUGAGGACACAGCAGUCUAUUAUUGUGUGAGAGACACAGUGAGAGGAAGUAUAUGGGAAGCCAAUCAAAAACCACCCAUUUCAAACAGCAGCUCUACAUCUCAAAGUGUGAGUGCUUCUCUAAAUGUUUUCCCAUCAGUAAGAAUCCUCCAAUCUUUUGAAGAAGCAAUAAUGGCACUCUGGCUGAACCUUAUGUUCUUGUUAGUUGUCCUCACAGGUGUCCAAUCUGAGGUUCAAUUGAUGGAAUCUGGAGGGGAUGUGAGAAGACCUGGAGAGUCCCUCCGUCUCUCCUGCCAAGCCUCUGGAUUCACCUUCAGCAACUAUUUCAUGGGCUGGGUGAGACAGGCUCCAGGGAAAGGACUGGAAUGGGUGGCACGUAUAUACACUUCAUAUAUUUACUACUCUGACAAAGUCCAGGGACGCUUCACCAUCUCCAGGGACAAUGCCAAAAGCCAGCUGUAUCUGCAAAUGAACAGCCUCAAACCAGAGGACACGGCAGUCUAUUUUUGUGUGAGAGACACAGUGAGAGGAAGUAUAUGUGAAGCCAAUCAAAAACCACCCAUUUCAAACAGCAGCUCUGCAAAUGUCUUUUCUAAUUAA